UCCGCCGCCGCCGCCAUGAAGCGCGCGCGAAGCUCUGAGGUCUUCCUGGGCGGUCGGGGGCGCGCGCGCCGCCGCCUGGCGCCCCUCCUCGCCUUGGCAGCCUUUGCAUACCUCCUCUUCGUGUCCUUCAAGCUCGCCGGCCUCGGCGGCUGGGACGACGUCAGCCCCCCGGACGCCACUGCCACCGCAAGCCGCGAGUCUCUGCUGCAGCGCGGGCCCCUCGAACCGGCGCCCCGCGGCAGGCGAGCUGCUGCUGCGGCUACCGUGGCGGCAGGGUACGGCCGCAUCACCGGGGAGAUCCUCCGGCGCCACGAGGCUCUCGGCGGGUCGAGGAGGCGGUGGGGCCUGCGGGGCAACUUCUCGGAGCUCGAGCGCAUGGCUGCGGAGGCGUGGGCGCGCGGGGCCGAGGCGUGGGAGGAGGCCGCCGCGUUCUCGGGCGACGUGGACUCCAUCCUCUCGGGCGACGGCGGGUCGGGCGACUGCCCCGGCUCGCUCGCGCUUGGCGGCGGCGAGCGCGACACGGCCGCGCUCCUGCCGUGCGGGCUGGCGGUGGGGUCGGCGGUGACGCUGGUGGGGACGGCGCGCGCGGCGCGGGCGGAGUACGUGGAGGCGCUGGAGCGGAGCGGGAAUGGGAACGGGACGGUCAUGGUGGCGCAGUUCGCGGUGGAGCUGCGCGGCCUGCGCGCCUCCGGCGGCGAGGACCCGCCCAGGAUCCUCCACCUCAACCCGCGGCUGCAAGGCGACUGGAGCCGCCGGCCCGUGCUGGAGAUGAACACCUGCUUCCGGAUGCAGUGGGGCAAGGCGCAGCGCUGCGACGGCAACCCUUCCAAGGACGACGACCGCGUCGACGGGUUCCCAAAAUGCGAGAAAUGGGAGCGCAGAGGCACGGUUGAUUCAAAAGAAAUGAAGUCAGCCUCAUGGUUCAACAGGUUCAUCGGCCGAGCAAAGAAACCAGAAAUGAGCUGGCCGUACCCAUUUUUAGAGGGGAAGAUGUUUGUUCUCACCAUCCAAGCUGGCGUUGAAGGAUACCAUAUCAACGUGGGAGGUCGUCAUGUUGCCUCAUUUCCUCAUAGGAUGGGAUUCACUCUUGAAGAUGCAACUGGUUUAGCUGUAACAGGUGGCGUAGAUGUUCACUCGGUCUAUGCGACCUCUCUUCCGAAGGCCCAUCCCAGUUUUUCUCUCCAAAAUGUCUUGGAAAUGUCCGAUAAGUGGAAGGCUCGCCCUGUGCCAGAGGAACCAAUUCAACUUUUUAUCGGCAUUCUCUCUGCUACAAACCAUUUCGCUGAGCGGAUGGCUAUAAGGAAAACCUGGAUGCAGUUUCCUGCCAUUCAAUUGGGAAAUGUGAUUGCUCGAUUCUUUGUUGCGCUGAGCCAUAGAAAAGAGAUAAAUGCAGCACUGAAGAAGGAAGCAGAAUAUUUUGGAGACAUUGUCAUCCUACCAUUUAUCGACCGGUAUGAGUUGGUGGUUCUCAAAACGGUUGCGAUAUGUCAGUAUGGGGUGCAAAAUGUUACUGCAGAGUAUAUCAUGAAGUGCGACGACGACACCUUCGUGAGGCUGGAUACAGUACUGCAGCAGAUCUCUACCUUCAACAGAACCCUGCCUCUUUAUCUCGGUAACCUGAAUCUCUUACAUAGGCCUCUCAGAUACGGUAAAUGGGCCGUGACGUUCGAGGAAUGGCCAGAAUUGGUGUAUCCACCGUAUGCCAACGGACCUGGUUAUGUGAUUUCUGCCAACAUUGCCAGAGACAUUGCGUCCCGCCACGCGAACCAGUCCCUAAGGCUGUUCAAGAUGGAGGAUGUGAGCAUGGGCAUGUGGGUCGAGGACUACAACACCACCACCACAUCCACUCCUGUGCAAUACGUUCACAGCUGGAGGUUCUGCCAGUACGGCUGCGUGGACAACUACUUCACGGCGCACUACCAGUCCCCAAGGCAGAUGCUGUGCCUCUGGGAGAAGUUGUCAUUAGGCCGCGCACAGUGUUGCAACUACAGAUGACACGGCGUUGUUCGUCAUCAAGGCUUCUUCACGGGGACAACUGACUGUCGAUCUUAUUAAGCUAGGCGACAUCCAUCAAUCCCGCUGCCGCAGUGUUGUUUUACAAGAACGCUGGGCCAACAGGACGCUGAUCAGGCCAGGUCUCCCAUCACCCUUAACAUGAGUUCCUUACAGCUGCUCUAUUGACUGACGGCGGAAGAGACCACUGAGCUAA